UAGGAAAGAGUGCAGUAAAGAGAAGAGGGCAGAAUUGAUGAAAGAAUUGCAGCAGUUAGUCCAUGGAAACAUUAAAAAUAUUGCUUUUGCACAUGAUUCUGCUCGAGUUAUCCAGUGUUAUAUUCAGUUUGGAGAUGAAAAACAAAGACAAGAGGUCUUUGAGGAAUUGAAAGAGCAUUUGGUUAAUUUAAGCAAAUCCAAAUAUGGCAGACAUAUUGUGAAAAAAAUUUUGAUGUAUGGAAACAAGCAGCAAGUAGCAGAAAUAAUUAAAAGUUUUAAAGGUGAAGUGAAAAAAAUGUUACGACAUUCUGAGGCAUCAGCAAUUGUGGAAUAUGCAUACAAUGACAAAGCAGUAUUAGAACAGAGGAAAAUGCUAACAGAAGAACUUUAUGGAAACACGUUCAUGAUUUGCAAGUCUGUAUUUUGUCCAACAUUGGACAAAGUUCUUGAAUCCAAUCCGGAUAAACGAGAGGGCAUAAUGGGAGAAAUGAAAGAAAUCCUCACUCCUAUGGCACAGAAAGAAGCAGUAAUAAAGCACACGUUGGUACACAAAGUAUUCUUGGACUUCUUCACGUACUGCCCUGAUAAAAUGAGAACGGAAAUGGUUGAAGCUGUGAGAGAAGCAGUCAUUUAUAUGGCUCAUACACAUGAUGGAAGCAGAGUGGCUAUGCAAUGCUUAUGGCAUGGAACCUCCAAAGACAGAAAAAUUAUUGUGAAAACAAUGAAGACCUACAUAGAGAAAAUUGCCACUGGUGAAUUUUCCCAUUUGGUUCUCAUGGCAGCUUUUGACUGUAUAGAUGACACAAAACUUGUGAAACAGAUCAUUCUAUCAGAGAUCAUCGAAGCCUUGCCGAACUUGAUUGACAAUAAAUACGGCAAGAAGGUUUUGGUGCAUUUACUAAGUCCGAGGGAUCCAGCACAUACCGUGCCGGAGAUUAUUAAACUUCUACAACAAGGUGAUGGGAAUGCUCACAGCAAGAAGGAUUCAGAUAUUCGUCAACGUGAGUUGCUGACAGCCAUCUCGCCAAGUUUGCUGAAAUACUUACAGGAGAAUGCUCGGGAAAUGGUGAUGAAUAAGGCAAAAAGUGUCAUUGUGGCAGAUAUUCUGGGCCGUGCUAUUGGUGAUUUGCAGCCUGCCAUAAAUGCUAUCGUUGAAGUGGCUGCAGAAGACUUUGUACCUGGAGGCGAUAAUGGUGAGCUCCAUAUGGUAGAGCACCCUGCAGGUCACCUGGUUCUUAAGUGGUUAAUAGAACAAGAUGGAAAGAUGGAGGAACUUGGAAGGCCAGAAUGCUUUGCAAGAACAUUAAUAGAACAUGUUGGAAUUGAAAAGUUGAAGUCCUGGGUGCAGGUAAACCGUGGAGCUAUUGUGCUUUGUUGCCUUCUUCAGAGUAAGAACGAAGAUGUAUCCAAGAAAGUAAACAAAGCCCUCAAGAGCCUCAUUCCAAAGUUAAAGAUGAUGGAAAAUGUGAAGGGCGUAGAAAUGUUGAUAGAAAAAUUGACUGCCUAGUGAAGACAGAAAAUAUUGCACUUCAGUAAAACAGCUCAAAAUGUUUAAUACUUAUAAAUUGUAAAGGAAUAAUAAUUUUAAAGGAAUAAUGAAUUGUUACCGGAACCUUUUGCAUAUUGGGGUGGCGUCAGCUAUUUUCAGGUUCCAGUGUUCCAAAAUACAUGUUUUGCAAUUGAAGGCAUAACCAACUGAUUUCUGACCUUUAACAUCAGUAUUUCUUUGGGAGGACUUGAAUAUAGCAAUUGGUGCUACAAAGUAGACUACUGCCAUUCCUGUUCAUACUGUUAAUAUGAAACAUGUUUGCAAAAUGUUUCUUCUAUGGACUUCUUAAAAUUUGGUUACCCCGAGUUGUGUUUUUAUAGAAUAAAACUUAUAAAAUAAAUGUAACAUAUACCAUUAAAUUA